UUUUGUGCCAUUGGAUUUAAAUUUCACGAACCCUAAAUCCACGAUUUUUGAGCCAGGCUGAAAAACACAACCUUUGCCCCAGAAACCGAUCGAUCCAAUGGCAUCGAGGGCUCUGCAAAUAGCACCCAGAAACCUAAGCCGAAAACCUAGCUUCAUCCACCGCGUCUUCUCGUCUUCCUCAACCUCCAAUGAUGCCGACAACAACAACUCUAAGCUAGCCUCACCACCAUCCCCUAUUUCCUUUCAAGAACUCGAAGUUUCCCCCGAGGGGAAGCCCUCUUUCGACGCUAUUCGGGAGCGCUUGAAGCAGCUGCUGUCUUCAUCCUCGACUGAGGGCGGCCAGACCAAGGGGAAAACAGAGGUGCCGUCAUUGUCGGCUUCGAAGGAUAGUUUGAGGCUACCAUCCCCUAUUUCCUUUCAAGAACUCGAAGUUUCCCCCGAGGGGAAGCUCUCUUCCGACGCUAUUCGGGAGAGCUUGAAUCAGCGGGAGAGGAGCUUUAAGCAGCAGGAGAUCAAGGAUAGGCUCUCUUUCGACGCUAUUCGGGAGCGCUUUAAGCAGCAGGAGAUCAAGGAUAGGCUCUCUUUCGACGCUCUUCGGAAGCGCUUGAAGCAGCUGCAGUCUUCAUCCUCGACUGAGGGCGGCCAGACCAAGGGGAAAACAGAGGUGCCGUCAUUGUCGGCUUCGAAGGAUAGUUUGAGGCUCAGGCCGGUGGAUUCCGAUGAUGCUUUGCCCAUGUCGGUGUUUGGUAAGGAUAUGAGGGAUAGUUUGGUGCGGUCGAAGAUAUCAGAAGAUGAGAAGGCCAAGAAGUUCUCCAGAAUGAGUCAAAAUGUUGAGAUUAGUAGGGCAAAUUUGACUGACCCCAUCCAAAGAAAACACUUUAUUGAUCUUUGUCUUCAAGAGGCAAACAAAGGCUUUAGAUCAAGUGGAGGUUUAAAGUCUAGUGCUUGGCCUCGAAUUGCUGAAGAGUUGGAGAAGUUACUUGGAAAACGUUUUGCUUCAAAACAACUUAAGAAUGAGUGGGAUUAUAUGAAAAGACAAUAUCUCAUUUGGAGUAAAAUGAUGACUAUGACAGGACAUGGUUACAACUCUGUAACCAAAACUUUUGAUUGGCCAGCUGAAAAAUGGGAAGAAUAUCUACAGAAAUAUCCAGAAGCUAAACAAUUCCGUUUUAAACCAUUAGCAAAUAUGGAAGAAUUAGAGGCAUUGUUUGGAGGAGUGUUAGCUAUUGGGUCUAAAAAUUGGAGCUCUGGAGGAGUGAUAGCUUCUGGGGUUGAGGAAUCAUCAACACAUUCUACAUCUAUGGCUAGCGAAACUUCAAUUAGUUUAGAAGAAGAUGAGAAUUUGCCAAGAAAUACGAAUGAUGAAGUAGAAGGUUCUAAGAAAAAACAGAAGAAAGGAAAGAAAGAGCAAAAUCAAGAAGAAAUGAAUAGAAUAAUAAAUGUGUUGGAGAAUUUUGAAGGACCCUCAGUCAAAGAAUGCAUGAAGAUUUUGAAGAAGCUCUUGACUUAUGAGGAUCCAUUAUACUAUGUAGCAAUUAAUGGAUUUUGCAAGAAGAAAGAGUAUAGAGAGGUGUGGGUGGAGAUGGAAAGUGAUGAAGAGCGAAUGGGAUGGAUUCAAAACUUGCGAAAAUAACGUUUUAAAUAUUUGUUUUAGAUUUAUGGAAUACAUUAGGUAUAUGACUUAUAUGAUGAUUUAAAUUUGGUACAUUUGAUUUGUUUGUUUUGAAUAUUUGAUACAUUUAAACUUUUCCAAUUAUAAGACUUUCUCUCUACAUUUUAUAGAUAUUUGUUACUCA